GGAGGGGAGACUCGCCUUCUUGCCCCCAGGAUGGAAGAGGAGGAGCUGAUGUUGCAGAAAGGAGGGCUGGACGUCUCUGAGGCCCUGUCCCGCCCCGAUAAUGAGACCUUUACCCCAAGCUGCACGCUGGGCGCCCUGUACUGGGCCUGUUUCCGCAAUGACACUGCCCAGCUCCAAGCCAUGCUGGAUGAUGGGGUCUCUCCAGAGGAGGCCACCCAGGUGGACAGCAAUGGGAGGACAGGCCUCAUGGUCGCAUGCUACCACGGCUUCCAAAGUGUUGUGGCCCUGCUCAGCCGCUGUCCUUUCCUGGAUGUGAACCAGCAGGACAAAGAAGGAGACACAGCCCUCAUGCUGGCUGCCCAAGCAGGCCAUGUGCCUCUGGUGAGUCUCCUGAUCAACUACUAUGCUGGCCUUGACCUGGAGCGCCGGGACCAGCGGGGGCUAACUGCGCUGAUGAAGGCCGCCAUGCGGGACCGCUCCGAAUGCAUGGCUGCCCUCCUCAUGGCAGAAGGCUGCCACAGAGGGGCCCCAGCUUCCAGCUGCAACAGGAUGGGACUCUGUGGCUUUGCAUGUGCUGACCUGACUACAGUGGAUCCUGUCCGGGGCAAGACAGCCCUGGAGUGGGCAUUUCUGACCGACAGCUUCGACACGGUGCAAAGGAUCCAGCAGCUGCUGCGGCGGCCCCAAGUGGAGCAGCUCAGCCAUCAUUACCAGCCUGAGUGGCCAGCCUUGCCCGGCCUUGUGGCCCAGGCCCAGGCUCAGGCCGCCCCGUCUUUCCUAGAACGACUUCAGGCCACCUUGAGCCUCCCCUUUGCGCAGUCUCCUCAGGAGGGGGGUGUCCUGGACCACCUUGUGACCGUCACGACCAGCCUGGCGAGUCCUUUCCUCACCACUGCCUGCCACACCCUGUGCCCUGACCACCCACCUGCACUGGGCACCCGAAGCAAGUCUGUGCCAGAGCUGCUAGGCACUGCCCCGCCCCCUCCCCCAGUACCCCAACUCCCCCAGGAAGUCCCUGGCCCCCGGGUCUUCAUCCCCUACCAGAGCCCUCAGGGUGUAUUGAGCAUGUGCCAUCAGUGGCUCCAGCCCAGAGAUAGUACCAGCCCCAGGCCCCAAGCCCCUAAGAUCCUCCUCUCCAAGGCACCCUCAUCUGGCAUUCAGUGGAAGCCAGAGCCCAGGUCUGCAGGGAAUCGAAGGCUGUCCCUUCCUGUCUGGAGAUACCAGGAGCUCAGGAUGGAGAGGAGGAGGCAGGAGGAGGCCAGGUUGGCACAGAGCCAGGGGACAACGGGAUAGGCCGGGCUGGGAACAGGUAAUCAGGCCGCUCCCUGAGGCUCCUUUGCCCUCUAGAGCCCCUUCUGCCUUCCCAU